GGCGGCUCCAGCGAGCGGCCCCCUCCCUCCGCUCACCCUUUCCCCUCCCCGAAGCACUGCUUCCCGAGGCGCUGGAGCCGCGCGGCCAGGCGGCGGCCGACCCGGGCGAGGGGCUGUGGCUCGAGCGCGGCUUCCCGGGCUCAGCAGAUUGCCGGGGUCGGAAGGAGGGUCAACUCACUAUCCCUUAAAAAUUCAUUCUCCCAAGAAGAAGGGACAGGAAGAAAGGCCACUUUGUAAGAAAGGCUUUGGUAUCCCAUGAACGAGCCGGGAGAACACCGAUUGGGGUGCACCAGGACUCUAGAGCCAGAUAUAAGGCUCAGAAAAGGGCACCAGCUUGAUGACACAAGGGGAGGUGACAAUGACAACCAACAAGGACAUUUGGAGCCCAUUGUAGAGACACCUGUUUGUUCUUCCUAUUACAAAAAUAGCUCUGAGGAACUCGAGUGUAAGGAUGACAAUCUCCAGGAAGAUGAAGGGUUUAUGGGCAUGUCUCCUCUCCUACAAGCCCAUCAUGCCAUGGAAAGAAUGGAAGAGUUUGUUUGUAAGGUGUGGGAAGGUCGAUGGCGAGUGAUCCCUCACGAUGUGCUGCCAGAUUGGCUUAAGGAUAAUGAUUUCCUUCUCCACGGACACCGACCUCCUAUGCCUUCUUUCCGGGCCUGUUUUAAGAGCAUUUUCAGAAUACACACAGAGACAGGCAACAUUUGGACACAUCUCCUAGGUUGUGUAUUCUUCCUGUGCCUGGGGAUCUUUUAUAUGUUUCGCCCAAAUAUAUCCUUUGUGGCCCCACUGCAAGAGAAAGUGGUCUUUGGCUUGUUCUUCUUGGGAGCCAUUCUCUGCCUUUCAUUUUCAUGGCUCUUCCAUACAGUCUACUGCCACUCAGAAGGGGUUUCGCGGCUCUUCUCUAAAUUGGAUUACUCUGGUAUUGCUCUUCUGAUCAUGGGAAGUUUUGUUCCUUGGCUUUAUUAUUCUUUCUACUGUAACCCACAACCUUGCUUCAUCUACCUGAUUGUCAUCUGUGUGCUGGGCAUUGCGGCCAUUAUCGUCUCCCAGUGGGACAUGUUCGCCACUCCUCAGUACCGGGGGGUCAGAGCAGGAGUGUUUGUGGGCUUAGGCCUGAGUGGGAUCAUCCCUACCUUGCACUAUGUCAUCUCAGAAGGUUUCCUGAAGGCUGCCACCAUAGGACAGAUAGGCUGGCUCAUUCUCAUGGCGAGCCUCUAUAUCACAGGAGCUGCCCUCUAUGCAGCCCGCAUCCCUGAGCGCUUCUUUCCUGGCAAAUGUGACAUCUGGUUUCACUCUCAUCAGCUGUUCCACAUCUUUGUGGUUGCUGGUGCCUUCGUUCACUUCCAUGGCGUCUCAAACCUGCAGGAAUUUCGUUUCAUGAUUGGUGGGGGCUGCACUGAAGAGGAUGCACUGUGAUACUCUCCAGGAGUCAGGGACUGUGACCCUGAACCAGGCCUGCAGCUCCCACAGGCCUCCUUACUGGCUGCCAGUGACAGUGCCAGAGAAGCCCCAAACUUGGACAGCCUCCUGGGCCUUAGGAUGGCCCAAGGGCUCCAUGGGGUACAAGACUAAGAAGAGAAAAACAAAAAUAAAUCAUACCUCAAAGGAUGGAGUGCAUCAGUUUGGAGAGAAGGAGAAAUGGCUCAUCCCCUGACUUCCUUUCGGAAUCUACUGGGUGAGGGCAGCUCUGCCAAGACCCUUGCCUGACAGACUGGCUUCUGAUGUGAUCGUAUUUAUUUGUAGAAGAUGGGAAACAGUUUAGUUGGUGGUUCUUUCUUCUCCCUUUCCCUCCUUAAAGCAGUAAUACAUACGAGUACCAUGCGCCAACUGAUUGUGCCAGUGGAGCUCCUUAAAACAAUAAUCAAAACCAAUUUAGGUGAACAUUUAUAUCCAGUAAAGGGGUGGGAGUGCAAUUUUAGGCACUCCUUUGGGAGAACAAAGAAAUUAAUGUAAAUAAGAUUUCUAAUUUCCUGUUUAAAUAAGAAUUUAUAUAAACAUUUAAAACAUAGGGGCAGGGUAGGGAGGGAGACUCUUUUUUAAAGAAUGAAACAUGCAAGUACCACACACUGUUUCAAUUUUGCACAAAGUGAUGGAAGGAGGAUGAAGUGGUAGCCCCAGAAUGCACGAUGUCUUGGUGCACCAAGGUGCCUUCCAUAGGCCAAUAACACUUUUGGACCCUGU